AGGGGGCUUCGGGCCAUGCGGAGAGGGGCGCGCAGGAACCGGGCGGGCGGGGGGCUGCCCGAUGGCCGCGGGGCGGGGGAGAUCGGGGGUCUCUCGGCGGCCCCCAAGCGGCGCCCGAUCCUGCGCUUCCUCCGGAGCUGGGCGCUCCCGCUGGGGAUGCUGGUGGCGGCCAGCGCCGCGCUGGGACUCUUCCUCCUCCGGAGCAAGGAGCCGGCAGGCGGGCACCGGGCAGAGCCGGGCAGCCAGCUGAUCCAUAAACCCCGAGGUUUGUCCAGCAGCCAGUUAAAACACCUGACCGCCCAGCUGGAUUUGCAACGCCUCUGGAAGACUUACCUGCAGCCCAUGCUGGUGGAGAGGUAUCCCGGCAGCCAGGGCAACCUCAGGAUCCGGCAGUUCAUUGUGGAACGGUUGAAAGUCCUGAAGGCUUCUUGGCACGUGGAAUUAGAUGCUUUCGAGGACCGCACCCCGCAUGGCACAGUCAGCUUUGCCAACGUGGUAGCCACGCUUGACACCGCGGCCACCUGGCGCCUGGUCUUCGCCUGCCACUACGACUCCAAAUACUUCCCCCGAGACAGACACGGACGGGUUUUUGUGGGCGCCACCGAUUCGGCCGUGCCCUGCGCCAUCCUGCUGGAGCUGGUCACGGCGCUGGACAACCGGCUCCUGAAGGCCAAAGAGCAGGCUUCGAAAAUAACCCUCCAGCUGCUCUUCUUCGAUGGGGAAGAAGCUUUCCGCGAGUGGAGUGAGACAGAUUCCCUCUAUGGGUCCCGUCACCUGGCUGAACACAUGGGCAGGACACCCCAUCACCUGGGUAUCACUCACCUCCAGGCGAUAUCUCUCUUCGUUUUGCUGGAUCUGCUAGGCGCCCCCCAGCCCUCCUUCCAGAAUCACUUCCUCGCAACGUCCGGUUGGUUCGAGCGGCUGAUCAGCAUCGAAAAACGGCUGCACCGUCUCGGGCUGCUCCGCUCCCACCCGCAAGAACAGCUGUAUUUCCACAGAGAGUCGUCCUACGGCUCGGUCGAAGAUGACCACGCACCCUUCCUCAGGAAAGGCGUUCCGGUCCUCCACCUCAUCGCCACCCCGUUCCCCAGGGUCUGGCACACGCUGGAGGACACCGAAGCCAACCUGGACCGCCCGACCGUUGAGAACUUGAGUAAAAUCCUGGCUACCUUCCUGGCGGAAUAUCUGGGCCUCUAAGGCGGACGGAGGCCCUUCCCAUCUUCCAAGGCCUCCGCGGUUCUACCCGGCGUGGAUGCGAUGAUAACGAUGGUUUUGCGGGAGGGGGUGGCCGUGGCCCAAGAGCCAGAGAGGCUCGCCAUGCUGUGGAUAAUGGGACAGGAGAUGGGUGGGGUCUUCUUGACGCUCUGGAGGAGGAGCCACCACGAAGGCGGUGGGAUGCGCGGCUGUCUCCCGCUGGUGGGAACCGCCCAUGACAACACGGUUGAGCGAGAAGAUCCAGGAUUGGCUCUGUCCUGCCACUGGGAUGGUCGGGGGCGUCUUAGAAGAGCGAAGAUUCGAGUAGGGGUGGGCUUCUUUCGCUCUUCGGAAGAGCCGUUGGGCACAGCCAAAGUUGGCCGCCUGCUCAGUCCAGAUUUUCCACCGAAACCAAGCACGGCUUGAAGUACUCGGCGGAAAGGCCCAGUGCUUGAUCCCCUGGAGUGGACAAGGGGUCCUAAGACUCCUAUCCCCCCCCCCCUUAUUUUUUUCUUCUGAGAAAAGUGGGGCUUUUAAAAAAAAAAUUAAAAUCCGGACUUUUAUUUAUCUCAGGAAAUCACUGGGUGGCGCACGCUCCUCUUUCAAAAUUGAAAGCAUCCUUGAAUGCGGCGAUUUAUAAACACAGAGGGGACAGGAUGCUGCUUCUGUGCAUUUCCGGUUGGCCACGCCUUGCAAGUAAAAAGCUAGCACAUCAGGGACUUUUGGACCUUAGCCUAGGGGUGUCCAACCUUGGAUUCAGCUGAGGCAUUCUGGGGUUUCAAUUCCACAUCAUUUUAAAAGUUGCCAAGGUUUGCGCACCCCUUGCCUCGGUCCUUCUCUUGCCGUGCAAACUUUGUCGUUAUUUAGACAAAAGUAUUUGUGUGUUUUUCCAAGCAACAUUCCUCCUCUCCUGUCACCUGCUGUGGUAUAACUUUGUUUUUCCACUGUGGGGCUUUAAGGACGCAUUCCUGCCUUUUCUUCCUGUCGUUUCGGGGGUUGAUUUAAGCCCCCCCCCCCGGAUUUCAUUUUGGGGGUGGAGGGUGGUCAAAAAACCCUUUCCAAUAAAAGUUGUCUCUUUUCUUUUU